ACCUCCCGGACCCCACCAGCAGGCAGGUGCCGCAGCCGGGGGAGGCACCAGUUAAUGACCACGCCUGCUGCGGCCCGCCCGCAACCCCUCCUCUUCCGCGCGGCUGGCCGAGUCACGUGGGCCGCACCGCGGGGACCACAGAGAUGAGCAGCCUCCGUGCGGCCUAGAGGGGCAUUGGGGGCUCGCGCUCGCUUCCGCGUCGGCCUGCCUCUAUCAGCUUUUUGGUGUUCGGAGAGGGAGAGCGUGGGUUCCAGCGAGUUCUACGUGUAAGGUCCGCCCGGCGUCGGCUUCCUCGUUUUCCCUAGCAGCUCGUCAGCGCCCCCCUCCCCUGAGCUCGGGCCCAGUGCGGACUCACCCCCUCCCCUGACUCGGGGCUCCGGCGCUUGGGCCUCGCGGAAGCCGCCCGAGGUGGCCGAGCGGCCUUCUGCAGCCUGGUCCUACCCCUUGCCCUCCGCCGAGGCGUGAUCCUCUUUUCUGUCCUCAGGAACUUGGCUCAGCAGCUUCCCGCGCCCACGACUGACGUUUCUAUUUGGGGUCUCGGAGUCCCUGGGUGGAGAUCCCGGUCGGGUCUCUGGUCAGCAUCAUGAGUAUUUUACUAUUAAUACACAUUUUGCCAUCUCUGUGCCUCCUUUCCAUUGACAACGCUUUUGGGUCAACGUCAUGGUUCCUGUAAGCGCGUUUUUAGGUGUGUUCAGACCCAACAUUGUAGGGAUAGGAUUUGUCUUGGAUCUCUCAGUCCGCUGCGUGUGAAUGGGCUCAGGAACACUCUUGGACUGAGCAGGUGAUGGGGAUUGUCCUGAGGACCAGGCAGAGCAGUUCAUGAGGUUGUUAGGGCCAUCAGCUGCAGGGUGGGUCUGAGAGAGUCUCUUCCCAGUGCUGGAAACGAGGAGACUGGGAAGGCUAUGGGCGGCUGUGAGUGUUGGAGGUCAGGGUGCAUUGCACUCACGGCUCUUCUUCUCUUAGCUCCUAAGGUUUUUGCUUUUCCAAAUCAAGAAGACAGUGCACGAAGCCAGGGAACAUCAGCCAUGCUCCAAACAUCUUGGCCUCAGGAGCCAGUGACCUUUGAGGACGUGGCCGUGUACUUCACCCAGAAUCAGUGGGCCAACCUGGACCCCACACAGAGGGCUUUGUACCGGGAGGUGAUGCUGGAGAAUUAUGCGAAUGUGGCUUCGCUGGCAUUUCCAUUCCCCAAACCUGAUCUGAUCUCCCAGCUGGAGAGCGGUGAAGCGCCAUGGGGCCCAGAUCCCUGGGAAGCAGAGCUUUUGAGAGGCAUCUGUCCAGGUGGUGAGUCCUGGAUGAAGGAGGAGGAGCCAGCUGUAAAGCAGGAAGCCUCUGAGCAGGCAGAAUUGUCCAGAAUGCCCGGAAGAGGACUGCUCAGAAACGUCUCCCAGCACUUUGACUUUAAAAGCAAGGCGACAUGGCAGACUUUCAGUCUGAAUCCGAAUCUGAUACUUCGGGGUGGAAUGAAGUUCUAUGAAUGUAAAGAAUGUGGGAAAAUCUUCAGAUACAACUCAAAGCUGCUUCGGCACCAGAUGAGUCACACUGGGGAGAAGCCCUUCAAAUGUAAGGAGUGUGGUAAAGCUUUUAAGUCCAGCUAUGACUGCAUCGUACACGAGAAGAACCACAUUGGAGAAGGGCCCUACGAAUGUAAGGAGUGCGGCAAAGGUUUGAGUUCCAACACGGCCUUGACUCAGCACCAGAGGAUCCACACUGGAGAGAAGCCAUACGAGUGUAAGGAGUGUGGGAAGGCCUUCCGAAGGAGCGCAGCUUAUCUUCAGCAUCAGAGACUGCACACGGGAGAGAAGCUCUAUAAAUGCAAGGAAUGUAGGAAAGCUUUUGGGUGUAGGUCACUUUUUAUUGUCCAUCAGAGGAUUCAUACAGGGGAGAAGCCCUACCAGUGCAAGGAGUGUGGCAAAGCCUUCACUCAGAAGAUAGCUUCCAUCCAGCAUCAGAGAGUGCACACCGGCGAGAAGCCCUAUGAGUGCAAGGUGUGUGGCAAAGCAUUCAAAUGGUAUGGCAGCUUCGUUCAGCACCAGAAAUUGCACCCUAUGGAAAAGAAGCCCGCCAGGGUCCUUGGGCCAUCCCUGAUGAGUCCCCCGUGCGCCUCUUCAGCCUUCUCUGCUGUUCCUGUCCAGGGCCCAUGCUCUGCUGCCAUGGUGGCCGUGCCUUCACUGACCUUUCCACGCGCUGUGCUCAUUCCUACCUCCGGGCCUUUGUUCAUGCUACUGCCUGCACCUGGAAUGCCUUCUUCACCUGUCCAAAUAGUGCAUGUCUUCCAGGGCCUUCCUUCCACUGUGAAGCCAUUGCCGGUUAUUCUGGCCCCUUCCCCUCACACCUCAUGAACUUUAUCUCAGCACUCUUCUGGCUCUUGGGCCCAGCAGACCCUCAGCUUCACUUGAGUUUUAUUUGUAUAUGUGUGUGUGUGUGUGUGUGUGUGUGUGUGUUUUUUAACUUUACAUGCAUUACAAUUGUUUCAGCAUAAACUCCAUUUUAAUCUGUAUUAUAUGGGAAGACUGUGUUUCUGUAUUUUCUUCCAGGUAGAAAGUGAAACUACCUGACUUUUGCACUGGUCUCCUUCAGGCUUGAACAGUAAAGGCUGUAUCUGCCCUCUGGGGGCGGGGAUGUUGGAAGUGCUGGCAGGACACUUGGUUGCAUUCAAGUGUCUGGGAGUGAGGCCGCCCCUGUGCUGGGCCGUUGUGUUUAAAGCCAGUUGGCUUGGGGGAAGCAGAUGAGGGCACAGGAACUGAGGGCAGGAUGGGGGGAGCGGGGAAGCACUGAAAUCCCCUUCCAGCCACAGACUCAGAAAUUAAUGCAGCUUGUUCAGUGGGCUAAGGCGGUCGGUCCAUCAACACAAUUGAAAUCAUGUUGCCCUUGGCACGAUCACUGGGGAUCUCCUAUGUCUAUGCAAAAGAUCAUGUGAAAUGGCCAGUGAAAACCUAAUGUGUGCAGUGAUCACAAUCAUUUAUGUGAGUGAUAGCAAUCAUGUCUGUAAACACAAAGUGUGUUUUGUGUUUUUUUUCUUUAGUUUUGCUCUUAAUGUCUAGAUACUUCUCUUUAACUUUGGUUUUCUAAGUAAAUACACACCAAAGUACUCAUCUUUGUUCCACUGUUGUAUACAUUUUUCUCCAUGGCGUUCUGUUGGCAAGCAUUGGCUUCUGCGUUUUAUGUUCUCCAGAUAGCAUGAACUGCAAACAUGAAUUUGGUGAAUUAUGAAAGAAAUAGCGUCAGUGUUAAGCCAGCUUGGGGGAAAUAUGAGUAAGUAUCCUAAAGUAUUUUUUAGGAACAGAGGGAGCUGUCUGGUGGGUCAGUGGCUAAACUUCUGUGCUAGGUCAGUGAAGUGGAAUUUUGGAUUGCUCUUGGUUUUGACCUUGAUGGGGAUCUUUUACAGCUCCGUGGAGGACUAUGUGAAGCAAUUUCUGGAAAAAGAAUUAUUGGCAUUAAUAUAAAAUAACUCCUUAAACAUUGA